AUGGAUCCCACCCUCAAAUCGUACCUCGACAAGCUCGCGGAUACCUUGACGAAGGCCAACGAGGAAACCCGGGCAGACAUCAAGGAGCUCGCGGAGCGGAUCGACCACCAGUCCACACAGGUGGACGCUCUCACAGCGUGGAAACCGGACCUCGAAGCCCGCCUCUCCAAGCUCCAGGAGACGGUGGGCAUACUCCAGAGCGGGCGGCCUUCUGCGGCGACCGCAUCUGCUGGUGGAUCGAAGAAGACGGAUCUCCCUGAUCUGUCACCCAUCGACGCGAUCCAUGGGCCCGAUGGCCAUGGCAAGUCGCUUCAACCACGGGGUGGGUUGUCGGCGGGCGUCGUCCCGCCAGCGACCUCUCCGGCCAAUGGUACGCUAAAUUUUCACACCCCCAUCAAUUACCAAGAGUCUGAUCCAUCCCUAGGUUCUAGUUUCCCUUCAGGUCAUCUUAUCGCGGGGCUAGGCCAGGCUUCCCCAUCACUCUCGUUUCCCCAGUUCUCCGGUGACAACCCAAAGAUAUGGAAAACUAUGUGUGAGCAGUACUUUGCCAUGUUCCAAAUUCAUGACACUUAUUUCGUUCCUAUGGCCACCCUGCAUUUCACUGGUUCAGCAGCCAUCUGGCUGCAAUUAGUCCAGGGGAAACUUGCUGGUCUCGAUUGGGAAGCAUUCUGUACCUUGCUAUGCACUCGAUUUGGACGCGACAUGCAUCAAUCGAUUAUCCGUCAGUUUUAUGCUCUGCGUCAAACUAGUUCUGUGUCUGAUUACAUUGAGCAAUUUGAAAACCCCAUGAACCAUCUUAUCUCCUAUUCUGAUGCUGUCCACCCACUUUAUUUUCUGACGAGGUUCAUUGAGGGAUUGCACACGGAUAUCCGUACUGUGGUGAUGGUACAACGACUCAAGGACCUCGACACUGCUUGUGCACUCACCAUUCUGCAGGAAGAGGUGGCUGAGGGACAGCGAGGAUCCUGGCACAACCGACACAAUGCGACAUCCUCUUUGGGGCGUGCUCGACCUUCAAUACCAUUGGCGCUACCUCCUCCACCGGGUCGAUCACCGACCACCUCGAACAUUAGAUGAUUGCAGAGGGACAGAGGCAGCUCGUGCUGGUAGUGAUUCUUCCAAGAUCACGGCGCUGCGAAAUUUCCGCCGAGCCAAGGGAUUAUGCUUUAAGUGCGGCGAGCAUUGGGGCCAUGAUCACAUCUGUCCACCUACAGUUAAGUUGCAUGUCAUUAAGGAGAUGUUAAGCUUGUUCAACCUGGAUAUUGUUGAAGAGGAAGCUACCACAAUUGAACAACAACAACUUCAACCGGAUACAAAUUGAACAAGUGUGGCAGCUCUCGACCAAUGCAGUCUCGGGAACUGAGGCACCCAGUUGCUUGCAACUACACUGUUGGCUAUAGGGACAGAAAGUUCUGAUGCUGGUCGACUUCGGUAGUUCAGCCUCGUUUGUUUCUCAUCACUUAUUGCCCAGCUUGCAGGGAGUGCAUACUAUGCCCAAGUCUGUUAAAGUGCUUGUAGCCAAUGGAUCUAAGUUGUGGUGCACUCAGGAGGUCUUGGGAUGUUCUUGGUUUGCACAAGGGCACGUGUUCUCCACCAAUUUCAGAUUGUUACCCUUGGGAUCUUAUGAUGUCAUAUUGGGCAUGGACUAGCUAGAAUACCAUAGUCCCAUGCUCAUCGAUUGGCCAAGCAGACGUAUGCAGAUUGAACAUGAGGGAUUCACGAUGGUUUUGCAAGGGGUAAUAUCCAACGCAAGCAAAUGUGAGACUCUGAAUAGCGUGCAGCUGGCAAGCAUGGAGAAGCAAGCAGCUGUAGCCUACGCUAUACACAUCUGUUUUGCCACUGAUUCAGAUACAAUCACUGAACUCAAUUGCACAGAACUCCCGCCAGAGAUUGUGCAGGGAGCACAGCCAGUUAACAUACGGGGCUAUCGACACAAACCUGAAUUGAAAAUGGAGGUGGAACGACAAGUGGCAGAAAUGUUGAAGGCUGCUCUUAUUCAAAAGAGCAGCAUCCCAUUUUCCUCUCCCAUCAUCCUAGUCAAAAAGAAAGACGGCACCUGGCGCAUGUGUGUCGAUUAUAGAUGCCUGAACGCCAUGACCAUUAUCAGCAAGUACCCAGUGCCAGUUCUCGAGGACAUAUUGGACGAGCUAUCAGGGGCAUGCUGGUUUUCCAAAUUGGACUUGCGCUCAGGAUAUCAUCAGAUUCGUCUAGCAGAAGGGGAGGAAUACAAAACUGCAUUCCAGACUCACUCUGGACAUUAUUAGUAUAGAGUGGUACCAUUUGGCCUCGGUGGAGCACCGACAACCUUUAAUGGGGGAUUGACUGUCACUUUAGAACCAGUGCUAUGUGUCUGCGCCAUGUCUUUCUUCGACGAUAUUCUCGUCUUUAGUCAGUCUCUUACUUUGCACGUGCAACAUCUACGACGGGUUAUGGCUCUGCUAUGAAGAGAUCAAUGGUAUGUGAAGAAAUACAAAUGUGUGUUUGCUCAGCAAGAAAUCAAAUACCUCGGCCACACAAUAUCUGCACAAGGGGUAACAACAGACUCUGACAAGGUCCAUCAAGUGGCUGCUUGGCCUGUGCCAACAUCGGUCAAGGAGGUUCGAGCCUUCCUAGGAUUGGUUGGGUAUUACCGGCGCUUCGUUCACCAAUUCGGUAUGAUAGCUAGGCCAUUAACUCAACUCCUAUGCAAGAAUGUCCAAUUCCAGUGGACGGAGGCCACCCAGUCAGCCUUGAAUGCUCUUAAGGUCUCCCUGACAACUCUUUUGGAUUUCACGAAAACAUUCGUCAUUGAAAUAGAUGCAUGUGAAUAUGGAGUGGGAGCAGUGUUACAACAGGAAGGGCAUCCCAUCACGUACCUCAGUAAAGCAUUGGGCCCUCGCACCAAAGGUCUCUCAACUUAUGAAAAAGAAUACCUUGCCAUUGUA